GAAUUUGGUUUGUUGAACUGCAGACGUAGCAUUAAUAGCUGCUGGUAGGACCUGCUCUGCUGUUCCACAACACAAUCUUAGUUUUGUUUUUUGCACCCUGUAGAUUUUCAUCUAAAGAAAUGGAAGCGACCAUCUGCAACAUCCAGGUUCUCCUUCAGGCUGCAGAGUUUUUGGAAAGAAGAGAAAGAGAAGCAGAGCACGGGUAUGCUUCAGUACUUCCUCCCAGUACAGAAGAUUCGGACAGGAGAAACAGACAGAAAAACAAGAAGCUAUCGGGUCCGGGUGGCAAUAGGCUAGUUCACAACGAGCUGGAGAAAAACAGGCGAGCUCAACUGAGAUUCCAUCUGGAUCAGCUCAAAGAGCAGGUCCCCCUAUCUUCAGACUCGGUGAGGAACACCACGCUCAACCUGCUCAGACGAGCACAGCUUCACAUUAAGAAGCUGCAGCAGCAGGACGAGCGUGCCCAGCACCUGAAGGACCGCCUGCAGUGGCAGCACCGGGAGCUGCGAGGUCGGCUGGACCAGCUACAGAGGGGCAGCGAGAGGACCAGGAACGACAGCCUGGGCUCUGUGGUGUCCUCCGAGAGGUCCGACUCUGACAGGGAGGACGUGGAGGUUGAUGUGGAAAGCAUUGUUUUUGAAUGCGUGUCCUCGGAUGGACUCAGUAUUACACACACUGAUGUUGACCACUGUUACUCCAGCUCGGAUAAAGACUGGCUAUGACGGCCGAACUGGCUGUGGUAAACCUUUUCUAUUAUUUUAUCUGACAAGGCGAGAAAGAAGAGUGAAAAACUAAAAUACAUUCCAGACGGUCUCAGAAAGGACAUAGGACAAGAGAGGGAGAGAUUGGAUAUUUAUGUGAAACUGUGCAGCCAAACUUAGACUUCAUCUUUUCACCAAAGCUGGUGACUCAAAAUUCAACUUUCCAGAUCGGUCGUAAAAGGUCUGACUACAAGCUGAAUGGAACUAGUGUUCCUCAUACUCACUGUCCAUUUGCACUGACGAGCCGUUUUACUGAGCUGAGAGGAAAAUAAUGGAGAGUGAACCUGUUCCCACCUCACUCAAGAAUUCAAUCCAUACAAUGCGUAGGACUCCAUAAUCUAAAAGUUUUUUUUUACAAUAUUUUGAAAUACAGUAUUUUCUUUACAUUUGAUCCAGCUUUAUGGUUUCGUCUACUACUAAAACAAUUUGUCAGCACUAAGAAACUUAAAAUUCAGGAAUUAAGUCAUGUAAACACUCGUACAAUAACCUUUAUUUUUGUAUUAAUAUUAUUAUGUCAUGUAUUUUAUUAUUUUCCUGGUUGCACAGAGCAUCCACCCAUUGCACUUGUUUUUUCCUUGAAAGGGUUGUGGGUUUUUUUGAUCUGGAGAGGCAACUGGUCAUGUUUGCACAUUUUCUACCAGGCAACGAAGUAAUUGUAAUGCAUGAUCUUCCUAGGGAAUAACGUGUUGUCAAAACGAUAUUAGGUCAGCCGACAUUAUUCCUAUAAUCCGGAAUUGAUGAACUGAUAGCUCACCAGCCACUCCACUCUUUCGGUCAGGCUGACCGUGGACGCCUCACUAGUUGUCUUCAAUAUGCUAAUAAGUUACUGAUUCCGUCUAUAUAACACAGGAACACCUUGAAAGAUUGCGUGUAUUAAAAGCUUUAAGAAGUGAAAGUUGGUCUAGCACCACUUCACACAAUGCUAAUCUUGGUCCACUCCCAUUACCCUAUGGACAAUAAUGUAUGUUCAACUCUUAAAUGACCGAAUCAUUUUUAACUUAUCAAUACAACCACGUUCUUGUUAAUAACAAGCAGGACCUUACCUAAUUUAUUUUGAGGUAGACCAGAAACUUGAUGGCCAGUUUAGUGUAGGGGACAAGUUUUGUGGAGUGGUGAGUAAUAUUUUAGACCAACGCUUCUAUACUUGUCAUACUCUGAACAACCACAGUGUGGCGUAGACAUUAAGGAUUGUCGUUGUAAAUCGGAACAAUGGUUGCUUAAGUGAUUGCAAAUGUGAACAGUGAAAUUGUGUUUGUAUUUAAACUGUUCCGUUAUAACAAUUGUACUCUUAAAUGCAUAUGCAAUUGUCAUGACAUGUUUCAUUAUGCAUGCAGUAGACUCAAAGUCAGGAUAGAGAAUGCAACCUGUAAUUCUUAUGCAAGUUUUGCUGUAUUACAAGUAUGUGUAUCCUGUACUUUUACAUUGAAUAUUUUGAAGCAGCUGGCUUCCGGAUAAUAUAUGCAAGAUGCCUUAUUUUCUUGUAACGACUUAUGUAUGCAUUAAUUCAUCUGUAUUUCCAGUAAUAUAAUGUAGCAUUUUUAUACCAGUGUACUUUUUGAAUGAAUAAAUAUUUUAUAUAUUUA